AUGUCAGCUAAUAAUCAAGAGAACGAUUAUAAAAAUUACAACUAUUAUAAUCAUAGGCGCAAUCGAAAUAAUAAAAAUAAUAACGAUAAUAGUAAAGAUGAGAGGAAGAGCAAGACGGUAUCUUGUUUUGCUUGUUUUAAACGAUCAGAAAAUUCGAAACGGAAGUCCACUUCAUUUUAUCCUCACCAACCUGAAACUAUUUCGACUUCGAGCGAGAAAUCCAAAAAAAUUAAGCGUAGAUUGGAAUCUAUACGAAAAAGCACAUCGACCUUUCUAAAAGCCAAAGUUCUCAAAAUCGAAGAGGAUGUAAAGUCUCCCGGAGCAGAAAGUUUUGGAUGUUGCAGCGUGAAAGUUGGAAUCGAAUUUAUGACCAAUCGUCGUAUAUCUUCGACGACGCAUAACAACCAUAAUUCUUUGACUUCGGAAUUAAGUUCGAAAACCACAUUUUCCGACUCUUCAACGAUGGUAACGACGUCCAAUCGACAUACAACACAUAAGCUACCACCACUUGAAACUGUGCAAAUUUUCUACGAAGGAUAUCCUCGGCAAAAGUUAAUUACCGAGGCGGCAGCGAUCGUCUGUAAAAUUGAGCGUGGUGAAUAUGUGGCAGGAUAUGAACGAAAUAGGAUGAAGUCACGAUUAGGUGAAGAAAUUUGUCGACGCUGUUCUCCAGGAACUGCCGAGUUUUUAAGUUGGCAGGCAUGUGUUAUUAAAUUCAGCUACUGCAAUUCAUCACUUACAAUAUUAAAAUUUCAACUUGCUCUUACAAGAUUACCAUUGACGCGAAAUCGACAUAAUAUUAAGCUUCAUAGACGGAAUCUUGCCAAAUUAAAAGAAAAUGCGAGCUUCUACGGUGGUGAGUUCCAUUCGAAAAUACAAAUCGGUGAACCUGGGCAAGAAUUUAACGUAUUGUUUGAUACGGGAUCCACACCACUAUGGGUAUCGCACCGAUCUUGUAACACCACGCACACGACUUUUGAUCCUCGAAAAUCGCGAAGUUUCAGGAAAAUUGGCAUUCCGUGGAACAUAACUUAUGCUGACAACGACAGCGCCAAUGGUUAUUUGGCAAGGGAGACAGUUACCAUUGGUGAAGAUGUAAAGAUAAAGAAUCAAGUUUUUUCGCUUGCUAUUGAUAUUAACGGUACCUUUGAUAAAGAACCUAUUGAUGGCGUAUGUGGAUUAGGAUAUGGAAAUAUUUAUACAAAAAAACAUUAUAGAAGUCUACUUGAAAAUAUGAAGUAUCAACAACUGAUUCAGCAUCAGCUUUUCAGUAUUUGGUAUGGAAAGGGCACAACAUCAUUAUCAGGUGAAAUCUUAUUCGGGAAAAUUAAUCACGAACGAUACACCGGAAAAAUCUCGUAUUUUCCAAUAAUUCCAAAUAACUCCGGCGAUUGGAAGAUCCAUUUAGAAGCGAUCUGUAUCGGAAAUAGAACAAUCAAAUGCAAAAUGGAAGCUUUCAUUGAUUCCGGCAAUAUUGGAUUAGAUCUACCACAAUCUUUCGUCGAUAGAAUACAUGCAAACAUUCGGGGCGCAUUGCGAGAGAAUAAUGGAUUUUGGAAGUUAUUUUGUGGCAGUAUUAGUGAAACCUCGAUGAUCAAGGGCGAUAUUGGGUUUGUAUUUGGAGGUGGAAGAGUCUUUCGGAUUCCUCUACGUGAUUUUGUUCGUGAUGAAGACUAUGGUGAUGGUGUUAAUAAUUGUGAGGAUGGAUAUAGUUGGUCGUUGCUUUCACCACAGCAAGGGAAUUGUAAAUCCAAUAAAGAAAAAGAGAAAAACGGUGACGACAGAAAUGAUGAUCAGAAAACUUUGAUUCCAUCUACCCCAUCAACUCCACGAACCACGAAAGUUUCUUCAAGAUACUCGAGACACACAUCUCAUUUACUUCCUUCCUUGGAGACCUUUGAACUAUUUUACGCUGGAUAUCCGAAACAUUCUUUAAUAGUGGAAUCCGCUUCGAUAAUACGUCGCAUAGAGAAUGGUGAUUCAGUUACAGAAUGGGAAAAAAAUUUAUUGCGCGCUAACUUAGGAGCAGCAAUAUUGAAGAGAUGUUCGCCGGGUACUGCAGAGUUUUUAAGUUGGCAGCAUCGUAAUAAUGAUAGUAGAAAAAAAAUGCACUAA